AUGUCGAAGCAAAAGCCAAAGAAGACCAGGAAGUUGAGGGGCCAUGUCAGCCACGGCAUGGGUCGUGUUGGAAAACACAGGAAGCAUCCUGGUGGUCGCGGCAAUGCUGGUGGCGAGCACCACCAUCGUAUUAACUUCGACAAAUAUCAUCCAGGCUACUUUGGCAAGAUCGGUAUGCGACACUUCCACAUGAAGCCGAAUACGAAGUAUUGCCCAACCGUUAAUCUGGAUAAGUUGUGGUCUCUCGUGUCUGCUGACACGUACGAGAAGUACAAGAAGUCGGCUGACGGCAAGGCUCCAGUCAUUGAUUGCGUCCGAAAGGGUUACUUCAAAGUCCUUGGAAAGGGCGUCUUACCCAAAGUUCCCGUCAUCGUCAAGGCCAGAUAUUUCUCCCGCCGCGCAGAGGAGCGGAUUAAAGCCGUUGGUGGUGCCUGUGUAUUAACUGCAUAA